CAGAGAUACACGCGCUCUCACUCUGACACCGCCUAUCUUUCAAUCUCACCAACCAACGCAGCAACACCACACGGAGCAGCUGUGUUUUUGUCCCAACAGUUCAAAGAGAGAGUGAGAGAAGCCACAAUGAAGACCCAAAUUCGUUUCGCGUUCUCCAUACCACUCUUUGUAGUUUGUUUUCUGGUUGGUGCCAUUUCCACAGUGAAUGGUGACUACUGUGAGGUAAACGUCUGCGGUAACGGAGGGAUCUGUGUGACCGGGGCCGGAGCCCCCUUCAUCUGUAUCUGCCCCGACGGAUACACCGGGGACACCUGCAACGACACAGAGGCUGGGCCCUGCAACCCCAACCCCUGCAAGAACGAUGCCAUCUGUGAGGUGACUGGCCAGUCACGCCGAGGGGACGUCUUCAGCGAGUACAUCUGCACGUGCCAAGAUGGCUUUGACGGAGUCCACUGCCAGAACAAUGUGAAUGACUGUGUCGGCCAGCCGUGCAAGAACGGUGGCUCCUGCAGGGACCUAAAUGGAGACUUCAACUGCCGCUGUCCGUCCCCCUACGUGGGCAAGCACUGCCAACUGCGCUGUAUCUCUCUGUUGGGCAUGGAGGGCGGAGGCAUUGCAGAGUCUCAGAUCUCGGCCUCGUCGGUGCACUACGGCAUCCUGGGCCUGCAGCGUUGGGGGCCCGAGCUGGCCCGUCUCCACAAUAAAGGCCUGGUAAAUGCCUGGACCUCUGCCUCCCAUGAUAGGAACCCCUGGAUAGAGAUUAACAUGCAGAGGAAGAUGCGUUUCACGGGCAUCGUGACGCAGGGCGCCAGCCGCAUGGGUUCAGCAGAGUUCAUCAAGGCCUUCAAAGUGGCGUCGAGUCUGGACGGGAAGACCUACACCGUGUACCGCCUGGAUGGGCAGAAGAAGGACAAUGUGUUUGUGGGGAACGUGGACAACGACAGCACCAAGACCAACCUGUUUGACCCUCCCAUCAUCGGCCAGUACUUCCGCGUCAUCCCCGUGGUCUGUCGCAAGGCCUGCACCCUGCGCAUGGAACUGGUGGGCUGUGAGCUCAAUGUGUAUUCAAACACGGCAGGUUGCUCUGAGCCCAUGGGCAUGAAGUCACGCCUGCUCUCCGACCGCCAGAUCUCGGCCUCAAGUGUCCACCGCACCUGGGGAAUUGAGGCGUUCACCUGGCAGUCCCACUACGCCCGGCUGGACAAGCAGGGCAAGACCAACGCCUGGACAGCGGCCACCACCAACCGCUCCGAGUGGUUGCAGGUGGACCUGGAGUCCCCCAAGAGGAUCACAGGCAUCAUUACCCAGGGGGCCAAGGACUUUGGGGCAGUCCAGUUUGUUUCUGCCUUCAAGGUGGCCUACAGCGACGACGGCCAGUCCUGGAGCAUAGUCAAGGACGACGUCACCAGCACAGACAAGAUCUUCCCGGGUAACAGCGACAACAACGUCCACAAAAAGAAUGUGUUCGAGCCUCCCUUCUAUGCCCGAUUGGUCCGCAUCCUGCCGUGGGCGUGGCACGAGCGCAUCACCUUGCGAAUGGAGUUGUUGGGCUGCGAUGAGUAGCCCUGUCCCCGGCCAAAUCCCCUCCACUUUCCCUGCCCUUCCUCCUCUUUCUCCUCCUUUCCAAAACCUCCUGAGCCACGCCUGCACUGCCUUGCUCACACCCGUAGAGGGCAGCAAAACACCACGCCACCACCACAACCCUGCCCCAACUGGAGAAGGUACAAAAUUGACCCUAACCACUGAUCUAGGGUCAGAUAAUGGUUACCACUGAUCUAGCCCACCUAAUGGUUACGGGUAGGAUUAGGUAGGGGUAAUCUGAUCCUAGGUCGGGUGCUGAAGGUCAACUUGUACGUCGAGCGCACAGACUACUGCUGUGUCAGCCGGAACUACAUGGACUCUGAACCUGUCCUUCCUAGAUCAGGGCCUUAUUCAGAGUUUUAGAGUAGGAGUGCUGAUCUAGGAUCCGGUUCCCCCUCUUAUUAAUAAUUAUUAUUUAGAGGCAAAACUGAUCCUAGAUCAGCACUGCUACUGUGAGACGCUUUAUGAAUCUGGGCACAGAAGACUGAACCCGAGACCCAUCGCUAGUGAUGUACAAUACAGUAGUAUCUAACUUGGCUGAGAUGUUUUUCCAACUGGGAAUUUUCACCUGACCAUCCAGAGACACUGAAGUGCGUAGUAGUAUUAUCGAACACCCUCGUGUAGUCUUAUCGCCUAGCCAUUUCCUUGAUUCUGUAGUGCUCUGGAAGAGAUGUUUUUGCGGGAGUUCUUGUUUGUGUUUUAUUUCGUUGGGCUUCUUAACCAGGGAAAGACCCGUCGUGUGACUAUAGGAUUUAUAAGAUUGAUUUGUAUUUUUUGAAAAAGAAAAGGUAUACCAAAUGAAUUUCACUUUGUUGACAAAUUGAUGGUGUUGGUUGACUAGUUGUGAAUGCAUUAUGAUUUAUUAGCCAUGUUUUUACUAAAUGCAGUUUUUCAAGUAGCAGACCUAACAAAAAAAUAGAAAGCAUGUAUAAAAAGCUGGAGAAAGACUCUUAUUCUGUAAUCUUGUGACAUUGAGUGAUAUUCAAAUCCCAAAAUAGUUCAAUGCAAUUUUAGUUUAUAAUUCUUUGCUAAAGGGUAUGUAAAAGUGCAGUAAUACUCCUACAGUAUCUGGUGUUGUUCUAUAACUCAAUCUGCUCUGAUUGUGAUGUCUGUCCUUUCAUUAAUGCACUGUGAGUUGUGACGUCAAUGUAAUGCAUUUAUUACUAAUUGACUAAUAUUAUGAAGUGACAUAGAAAAUAGGGGGUUAGCAAGUUGAUGAUGCUGCCAGAUGUCUUUUUGAGAUUAAGGCAGAUCAAUUCUAGCCUGAUCCCAGAGAUGUUUGUGCUGUCUUGACAAACACGAUCAUAGGCGUUGGCUAGACGGCACAGCAGAUCUGGAACCAGGCAUAUUUUCAUAUUAUAUGUGCUACUAAUGUUGUUAUAACCCUUAUGAUACACAGCUCAACUUAAUAUGAUUUCGUUUUCCUCCCUUUUAAAAGGCACAUUCAGGGUCAAAUCUGUAUAAUUGUUUGCUGAGGUAAAUAUGUGGAAACUCAAAGUUUUCUCCAUAAAAUAAAUAAAUACUGA